AUGAAGGGCUGGCUCCAGACCUUGGGCCUGACAGCCCUACUGGCGAGCCAGGCGCUUGCCAACGAUGUCGAAUUGUACUCUUCGCAGAAAUCCGAUGAUGCGCACCGACAACGAUGCUCAGGGAUGUACAGUCGCAAAGCUUGGGGAGGAAGUGUUGACCCUUUCAUAUUGGUGAAAUUCUCCAAAUCAGCUGGGGCACCAGAAAGCGACCCUAUGGCUAGUUUAGUCAUCUUUGAAUGGUCUGAUGAGGAAUUGAUUGGGAAAUACCGCUCAGAGGACGCUGAGCUCAAGGAAACAAUCUGCGAUGCCUCCAAUGUUGAUGCGAAAAUCUGUACCGAGGACCAACUCGGCUCUUUCGUUCUUACGGACAAUGCUACCGACGUUUCCACGAGCCCUAUAAUCUCCAAGGCGAUACACUUGAAUGACCCCGAUGCCCUGAAAUACCCUGUCAGGAAGACUGGCUUCUACUGCGUGAGCACCUAUGCGUACUCCGGAGAGGACUAUAAGGCGGUUGUCACCUUCCGAAACUCUUAUGGCGAGCUCCCCGCUGCACAAAUCGCGAAGCUUCCAUUCUAUGGGGGUUUGACCAUUGUGUAUGCUGUGAUUGGAAUUUUCUGGGCCUUCCUAUACGUGCAAAACCGUUAUGAUAUCUUGCCUGUUCAAAAUUACAUCACAGCGAUUGUGGUGUUCUUGAUUGUUGAGCAACUGAUGACGUGGGGAUUCUACGAAUACCAAAACCGAAACGGCCUCAAUGGCGGAGCUAAAGCUCUCAUGGUCAUUGUGGCAGUACUCAACGCAGGCAGAAAUGCAUUUUCGUUCUUCCUCCUGCUCAUUGUCUGCAUGGGCUACGGUGUCGUGAAACAUUCCUUGGGCCGUACCAUGAUCUAUGUUCGUGUCCUGGCCAUCGCACACUUCAUUUUUGCCGUGGUUUACUCGGUGGCCAGCUUGUCGAUCACUCCAGAGAGUGCUGGCCCAUUGGUGCUGCUGAUUGUCCUCCCACUUGCCGGAACAUUGACUGCGUUCUAUGUGUGGACUUUGAACUCACUGAACGCUACCAUGAAAGACCUCAUUGACAGGAAGCAAAAGACCAAGGCCAUGAUGUACAAGAAGCUGUGGUGGUGUAUCCUCGGCAGCAUCAUCGUGAUCUUCGGUUUCUUCUUCAUCAACUCAUUCGCUUUCGCCGGACGCAGUGACGCCAGCUUUGUUCCCGACCACUGGAAGGCCCGAUGGUUCGUGCUCGAUGGCUGGCUCAACCUGGUUUACCUGUUUGAUAUCGCUUUCGUGGCUUACUUGUGGCGACCAACUGCUAACAACCGCCGGUUCGCUAUGAGUGACGAGCUUGCUCAAGAUGAUGAUGGAUUCGAGAUCCGAUCAUUCGGCAGUGGCCUGGAUGAAGAAGAUGCCUAUGAUGCUCCUCCCGAUUACCCUGGCAGCUCAGCCGCUCAGGGCCGCCGUGAUCUGUCCCCAGUGCCUCCCAAGCCCGUCUCCUCGGCACCCCGACAGCGUGAGUCCCUCGAGGAGGAGACAAUAUUCGCGGUGGGCGAAGAAGAUGGUGAUAGAUGGUCCGAGGACGAGUCACCUCGCAACUCGAGUGAGAGGGAAAGACUCACCGGCAAAAACAAGGAUUAG